UUUGAUUUUUGUAUAGAUUUGAUCCGUACAGACGCGCACUGCUCGUGUAUCACUCUACUAAAUACUAAAAAACUUUGGGCGGGACUCAAAAUUUUCAAUUUUCAAUUUUCAAUUUUCAAUUUUGAAUCACACACACGGUCACUUUAACAAUCUCUGCGUCUGAGUAGCGGUUGAAGAAGAACAUGGCGAUGUCGAACUACGAAUACCCAAGGCUUCGCCGGCCAGAAAUAGUUCAACUCCUAAACAACUUUCAAAUUGCUACCGUUACAGAGAACGACAUCUCCAACCCCAGAACCGGCGUCGUUUUGGAUCUCUACACUCGCAUCCUCAACUACCUCGAUUUUCUCCACGACGAAGACAACGGACAGCUUGAUUUCGAUGCACUAGAGCAUCUCGAGAAUCCCGACCUUCACGUUGGAUCUAUUCAUGCUAUCAAGCUUUACAACAAGAUCAAGGAAAUGCUUAACUUACUUGAAUGUCCUAAGAAAUACACAUUUAACUUUGCCGAUCUUCUCAAACCCGAUCCUCAUCGAACCGAGUUUUUCCUUGGAGCUCUUCUCAAUUUCUGUCUCGACAGGGAUGGGAGAUUGAAUGCGAUAUCAGAAAUCGUAGACGAAUUCAACGCGUUGGAACAGAAGAUAGUUGAGAUUGAAGAGAAUAAUAUUACACAGUUGAAAUUGGCGAUUGCUGAAUGCAAUGAAGCGAGGGAAAGGGAAUUGCCUUCUGUUCAGGAGGUGGAUGCAAAAGUUAAAGAGUUGCGUCAAACUAUUGCGAACCUGAACAAUAAACAGAUGUCAUUGAGAAGUACAAUAAAGAAGUUGAAGGAGAAGACUGUGGAAAUGGAUGAUAAGAUUUCUGAUGCUGAAUAUAAACUGGUACAAAAUGUUCAAGAGCAUGGAAAUCUACUUUCAAAAAUUGCUCAAUCGCCUGAUAAAGUACAGAGAGCUCUAGAGGAAAAGAAAUUAGCUCGAGAGGAGGCAAGAAAUGCUGAAAGAUUAGCCAUGCACAAUUUCCAUGAGAAGACUGCCCUUGUUGAAGUUAUUUCCAAGGUACACAAAAAAAUGUCAAAGCACUACAAGCAGGUGCAGGUUACACAAGAGCAGGUCAAUUCUGCUAAAACUAUUGAAAAGGAUCUUAAAACAUUAAAGGCAAAACUUGGUGACGAAGAAGUACUGGAGAAGUCACUUGAGGCCAAGUUGGUCGAAAAGCAAACUAAAGUUGAACAUACGGAAGGGUUGAAUAAGCAGUCAGAGAAAGAAUGUGGUUUCAUGAUGGAUGAAGGAACUAAAUACCUAAGCAGUAUAAAAUCAGAGGCGGAAUCAAAGAGACGUGACAUUGAAACAAGACAGAGAAAUGUUGAGGCUAUCUUAUCGAAGGUGGAUGUCAUAAACAGUAGAGAGACCUCAGUAAAAGAAUCUGCAACACUUAAAGUGGAUCAGAUGGAAAUUAAAUGCAGCGAGCUUUUCGAAGUGUUUCGUAAGUAUUCCAACUCGUUUGAUGCACGUGUGGUUGAAUCUGGGCUAAAGAAUGCAACCGUUAAAAGAGCUGGAUUUGACAAUUAAGAUUCCGUUUAAUUAGGCACUAGACUUGCACAGCAAUGCUGAGCACGUUUGAUUUUCCUUUGUUAAGACAUAGGUGUAAAGUUGUAUCUAUGACUAUUAUGCCUGAUAGAUGUUCAAAUUAUUGUAUAUAUCUGUUAUUUUCCUUUGUUAAGACAUAUUUAAGUGGUUGAUUUUUUGCUCAAAUCAACAGUUACUUUUUGAUCCUUAAGGCUGCAGCAGAUUUCGUUUUUAGA